ACUGAACUCGUCGUAAACUGUAAAUUGUCCAAAACGGGCGUUUUCAUUUUUCAAUCACCUGUGCAGUAUUGUACGUACGUGAAGUAACGGCAGGUUCGAAUAGUAGCAGUUUGCACCGCACCGCAGCUCUCUACAACAAUGAUGAAACGAAGAUUUAUGGAUUUAAACACUUUGGAUGAAUUACUGGUAUCACCUGGAAAAUUCAAUGAAACUAAGCGACGGUAAAAGCCAAAUUUUUGUGGAUUCAAAUAGAAUUCAAUAAAGAUAGUUAGGGUACCAAUGAUGUGGGGAGAUCCUGAGGUAGGUUUCCCAAUCUUGAGCAUUUUCCACGUUCCAUCCCAUUUGAAUGCCGAUGGCAAUCCAUCGGCGAACACGAGUCAAAUUCAUAGCAGAUGGAACAAUAUUUGAAAUAUGUUAACGGUUUUCUUCUCUAAUCUUUCCAUCUUCUACAUGAUAUCCAUACUGAACGGUUUGCCAGAGAGCUGCUUCAAUUGAGCCGGGAAGCGAUCAGCUGGCGACUCUUCUGUUCCAAAUAUCUAGUCCUGCUCACAUUCCAUGGGGAGACCAACGGUGGCAAGAAGUUUUGCACGGGUAUGAUGUUUGGGUCCACAUGGACGAUAACAACCCGCUCAUGGAUCAAGCUUGUCAAAGCAUGGCGAAACACGCAGAAACCUCCAGCAACCUUGCUGCCUUGUCUCUCCACGUGACACGAAUGAUGCGGGAUUUGACGAGGGACAUUCGAACACCAAAACUAAGCAACAACACGAAUGCAAACAAAGGAAUAAACAGUAUCCCGGGCGACGAAGACUCAUUGGUGGCAGACGCGCUGGUGGCGGAUUUUUCGAAACGAAUAUCCCGCAUAGCUAAAGCUAGGGCAACUGCAGGAGCCCUACAACUUUUGCGGCUGCUCUGUCACACUGCGAUUGUCGAAGCGAGCAAAAAUCCAGACACGGCUGUAGCCAACACGAAAGAAGUGUUCACUUACCACACGCGAGGAGACUUGUCCGCCGAUCAACCAGCAGGAUAUCCAUUGGUACACUCAUUACUAGAUUUCAUCGCGAUGCUGGGAACAGAAAGGAAGACGUCGACAACGAUGCCGGACCCUGCCCAAGACAUUCUUCAGACACCCGAAAUAUAUGACGCUGCAGUAUUUUCCUUUCAAUUGCUAUUCGUUCUGUGCGGAACGCAACUUUAUCAACCAUUUCACUCAUCUUUUGAGAGUAGUUCAUCCUGCCACUACUUCCUGGAAGAAUUAUUUCGACAAAAUAACGACGACAACUGCGAAGACAAUGUCGCAGAUAACAACAAUCUUCAAAUAUUAUGGUCUUCGAAUAGGUCGAUGGGAAGCAACAGCACGCGCAGCAUUGGAAAUGGAAGUAGCAGUCGUACCAAAAGAAAAACCAAAUUCAAGCACAAACGAACAAGAUCUGGUAGACGGAAAUUUUGGACGCCGAAAGCCGUUUUGGAAACUUGUCUUGAUUGGCAAUUGUACAGGCCGUUGGCCCCUGAGCACAGCAUAGCUCACUAUUAUUACGCUAUGGCAAAGUCGGCAGUUGGUGCAAAAGGAGGAGAAAAGCCUGGUCAGGACGGCUUGUAUGAGACUCAUAUGGUGGUUCAGGCGGUUUCACCGAAUGGUAAAAGUCCGACUUCCGACAACAAUGCUGCCGACAAUAAUUUUGAUUUAAUUUCAACGACAACUUCGACACCUACCGCCAGUGGUAGCAGACAGACUAAGGGAGGUAGAAGGACACCGACAAAACGAAACAAUGUGAUAGUAGACACGACGAAAGGUAUACUUACAUUGGGUGGAUCCAUCAUUUUCUUACCACUUCGGCUCAUGAGCCUUGUCUACGGUGUGUUCACAACCGGCAACAAAAAAGGAACAAAUGAUCUGAACCGAGCCAUUGUGAUGAAAAAUCUUGCUAGUGCCCGGUAUAGUCGUACGAGAGAUAUUUUGUGGUUGUCUGAUUCCUUGUUGGCAGACUUGGGGUGCUCCUUGAUCUUGCUUCUUGUUAGCAACAAUCGGAAUGGGGAGAACAGCAACCCAUUUCGAAACAAGUUGAAAAACCUAACGGACACUCGCUGGUACUCGGAAAACAUGGGAAUUCGCCCGAAUCUACCAGACUUACCAAAUUUCAGCGAAGAAGGCAAUGCAUCUCUUGCUUUGGAAUCUAUGGAGAUACGCGACGAAAGCGAAUUGCAACAAGUGCUUUCUUACAAUGGUGAAACGCCGUUGGCUCUGAAUUUUGAAUCGCUGUUCACAUCAUUCGGUCGCACUCUUCACACUGAGUUAGGAGCGUUACUGCUUUACACGAUCUUGCAAUCAUCGUCUUCUUUUGCUGAGUCCCUUGCAGUACGGUCAGAUAUGGACAAUCUUGUCAUGCCCCUCUUAAGGACGCUAUACUUUGCUUCUAGAAGUAACACGUACAUGGCGAAGGACUAUGCAACAAAACACAGGUCUUCUACGAAAAACACGAGGAAGACUUCAUCAUUAGACAUACGAAGUUGCCCGUUUCGAACUCAAUCGCAGCUCUAUGUGAUCAUCAUAUUGCUACUCCUAUUCUCUCAAGAUGUUUCGUUCGGGAGGGAUAUCUUUCGACGAGUAAUUAUCCUUUCCGUACCAUGGUACAAGGAACGAAAUUUAAAAUGCAUCAACUUAGGAUCGGUGGUGAUACUAACAUUGCUGAGAUCGUUGCUGUUUAACUUGAAUCGAAUGGACGAUGUAUUUCUUUUAAACAAUUGUUGUGCCGUGCUCGAGAACCUGUCGCCUUCUAUAACGGAUUUGCACGAGUAUGCAGCAAUGCGUCUGGUCUCGGUAACAGUCAACGUAAUGAAAAAACAUGCCAAAUUAGGACUCGCCGCGUCACACAACAACACUAGUGCGAAAAAGGAUAACAGUGACCACGAUGGCGACGUCGCAGAUUCUUUCCUUGGUCCGUUAGAGAUGCAUAGCGAAGUGGCGCAUACUCUGUUGGGACUUAUCAAACAUGGUUUGUCAUUGAAGAAUAUUGAAGGGAAUAUACAUAUGAUUUACGCACUUGUCUAUCACCAAACGGAUUUGAUAAAUCUUUCAAAAACCAAUUGCGCCGUCGGCAAGAAGAAAAAGAAGCUGUAUGCUUCCGCGCAAACGAAUCGCAUUGUCAGCGUCAUUCUCAGAGCCUCAGAAGCGAUUCAAGAAGAAGGUGCGCGAACUGCUCCAAAGGCACUGAAAGUCUUGGAACGCCAAAUGAAGAGUUUGAAAACGGCGGUAAUGGCCGCUGAUGGUGAAAUGAUGAGCAGAUCUACGUCGAAUCGCAAGCAACAUAUGAAUAACGGCAGCAAUCAAAAUGGUUGUGGAGGUGAUCACGAGAAUGAUGUGGGUAAGGAAAAUGGCAGUGCCUCCCUACCCAUUCCUGAAGAGGAAUUUACCUUUUCUUACGAAGAAGAAGCGGAUCCCGAGGUUUUCUUUGUUCCGUAUAUUUGGGACCUUGUAGUCAGCACAGUGACUGCGAGCAUUAUGGAUUGGAAGAAAGAUGAUAUAGAAGUUUUCGAGCUAUUAGACAUAGCUAGCGAAGAAGAUAUUAUGGGAACUGAAGAUAGUCCUUCCAAUUUCGAUCCAUCUGCGACAGACGGGGAGUUCUCCAAAAAGGCGGAUGAAAUGGUGUAGGAUACUGGUGUCAAAUAUCCAAUGACGGUUUGUUGUACUUUAGCAGAAUUACUAUAAAUUAUGAACCAUGAC